AUGGCGGCUAAUCGACGUUCAACAGUUGGCAGUUUGAAUGAGGUGGAUGGACCUCGUGGCUUGCUAUCGUAUGGUUAUAAUGCAUUUUCAACUAUUUAUCAUACAGGUUUGAUGAAAAUCUUUUUUGUGCUCGCAGGUUACGUGAAGUACAAAUUAUUCCAGGGAUCAAUUCUAUUUUAA